AUGCUGGACCGGUCAGCGCCGACGCGACUGGCGCUACACCCGCGGCGUAAGCGCAAGUUUUUCGCUGACCUGGCUCAGCUCCUGGGCGAGGAACCGCCGGAGGUGCGACCGCUGCGCGGCGCCUUCUUCGGCCCCGAGCUGCCCGAGAACCGCCCGCCAGCGAGCGAUGCUGCCGUGCAGACGCUGUUCGUGCCCUCCCACUCGCCGCUCACGGGCGACUCGUUCGAGUCGGUGGAGUUCGGCGCGCCGCGCACUCGCUCCAGCGGGGUCAGCAGCUUCGGAACGAGCCAGCAGAGCGAGUCCAUGGCGGACAGCCUGCUCUUCCUGCCCCACGGCAGCCUAAACACCAGCAGCAACACCUCUCAGAAGCGCCAGAACCAGCACGUGCGUUUCGAGUUUGAUGUGGAGGCAAGGCGUGAUGACAUUGCUGGCACGAGUGAGUCGUUGCCGGUGACGACACUGGUCAAUACUGGGAUGAUUUCGGAGAAGCCACUGGCCACUGCGCGACUGGAGCUCGCAGACUACUACGACGCCGACCGGAUGUGCGAGCUAUCGCCGUGCUGGCUGCGCAGCGACAGAGCGUCGUGCGAGCUGCAUCGAGGCCCUAUCCGGCGACCGAUGCUGCUGUUCUGUCUCCAGGCGCUCGAUGAGUUCAUUGCGCGCAAUGAGUGGCAAGGCCAGCAGCGCUGGCGGGUGCAAGCGUGCAAGGUCGCUCGGCGAGUGCUAACAAGUAUGUGGGAGGCGGACGUGCUUGGCGUGGUGUCGUUGGAGGGGGAUAUAGUGUUAACUGACUGCGUCGCGAAGAAGACCACGGUCGCAGGGGUGGCGCUUGAUGCCUGGCGCAUCAUUGCUCGGUACUGGGACAAAUACAAGCAGAACUACCUGCACCAGGAGGAGCUCUAUUUCACCGAUGUACCCGAGAGCGUCUCGACGCAACUGGCAUCCAAGUGGGACCAAGUGCGUGGCCUGCUCCACAUAUACGGGAUGAAGCCGAGUCUGGCGCUGCGGCUGGUGGAGCAAGUUGGCAGUGACUCGCUCAGUGCGUGCACUCUCACCGACAAGCAGUUCCGAGCUGUUACACACGGCCUAUCAAGUACCGAGCACCUGCGAGUUGGAAUGGAGUAUCUAGGGUGCAAAUCUGCUGCGGGGGAAGAUGCGGUGUCCGUGGCUCGACGACCCAUGAUCAGCCAGCAAGACGGGAAAACAGCAUUCAACGCCAUCCUCAUACACCUCAAGAAGUGGCAUGAAGACGUGCAGGUGUUUCCCUGUGGGUCUUUCUCGCGCGGUGCCGCAUUCAUAUCCGUACUGGACGUUCUGGUUGCGGUACCCGGUCUAGAUAAUGACUUACCACCCUCCACGGAGGGAUCGGAUGACGAAGGCUACGAAAGCGUUAUUGCGGCUCUUGUUGCAGCCAAGGUGGUUCAGAAGGGUGCGAUACGGCAGCUUUCGCGCAGUCGCGGUGCUUGCAUUAUUCCGUUCAAGAGCAGUUCGAUUUUGCUGGACCUGAAGGUGUUUCGCCCGCCCAAAAGCUGGCUUGCGCUGUUAUAUUUCACGGGCCCCGAAGAUUUUGUGAUGGCGUUCUUCACGGAUCUCCUGAAGCGAUCAUUGCGAGAAAUCACCGAUACAUCCUUUGAUUGCAUAUAUGCCAGUGUAGCAGAAGUUGUCGGGAGUGAUGCGAUUCGCGCGAUCUCGUCUGAAAAGGAUCUAUUCGAUCUCACCGACCGUGAGUUCUUGCAACCCACCGAUCGGGUUUAG